CAGUCAAAUAGAUUAUGAUCAGUCAGCAAUAAUUUAAAUUAAAUUUAAAAUCAGAGCAAUUUUAUUUUGCCUUGAAUUUCAUUAAAUAUUAAAACUUUAAAAACAAUAUGACGACUCAUAAUAACAUAUAUUAUUCUGAUAGAUACGCAGAUGAUGAAAAUGAGUACAGACAUGUCAUCAUUCCUAAAGAACUUGCAAAAAAAAUUCCAAAAGAUCGUUAUUUGACUGAAGAAGAAUGGCGUUCACUUGGCAUUCAGCAGUCUCAAGGUUGGAUUCACUACAUGCAUCAUAAACCAGAACCUCAUAUUUUAAUGUUUAAGCGCCCUAAAUGUCAAUAAGUGUAAAUAUAUACUUACAAUGGUUUUGAUAUUCAUGAAAGUUUUGUGUUGUUUGACAACCGCAUUUCACUUCUGUUAAAGAUUAAAUUCAGUGUGACUGACAAUGUUAUGUUUGAUAUUUAAAAGAGGAAAGGAAAUGUUUUUUUAUCGUGGGUUUUUAAACAUUUACAGUUUUUAUUAUUGCGAUUUUUUCAUUUAUACAUUUUCAUAGAAAAAGAAUAGAUACAAUAUAAUUUUAGCUUUGGUUUUUGCACCUUAAAAGCUUAAUUUGAUUCUUGUAAAUUUUUCGUCUAUAAAAUUUAAUUGCAAAAAUAUUUCUUAGUUUGUUUUUAAACUCAAAUUCUUUGAUCUUAAGGUAUUUAACAGUUGGUUUGACCUUUUUAUAUGAAAGAAUGUUUUGAUACAAAGGUUUAUGCUUUUAUAUCAAACUCACAUUUUAAUAAUUCAUGUAAUGUAUAUACUAUGUGUUGCUUUUCAAUACUUUUAGUAAAUGCUAUGUUAUAAUAGACUUAUUAUAAUAUUUAGUGUAUUUGUGAUAUUGUAAGUCUUUUUACAAUGAUAGAGUUUCAAGCAGUA